UUUUUUGCAAUUUCCCAAUAAAAAGGUGGAAUUGGCAAAAAUGACAGCUUAGGAGAUAAUCCAAAAUGGGUUUAUUAGCUGUGAACCUCAUUUCAUCUGCUUCUUGUUUUGUUCCUCACUCGCCGCUGCGUUUCCAAGCAAAAAGAAGUAGCCAACCAGUACUUAAGGCGGCGUUUCAGUCAUCAGAGAAGAUGGAUAGUGGUGGGCAGGUGGCGCCUGUGUCGAAGCUGAUGGAGUUUCCACAUCUGACGGCUUCGCAUAGAGAUCUGAUGGUGGAUCUAAUCGAAACCGUUGAGAAUGGGUUAGGAGAUCAUCUUCUUCCAUCGACGGUUCCGACAGAUGUGGAGUAUUAUGAGAAUCAAAACGGCACUUCACAGGGCACUCUUCUCAUUCGUUCUGCUCUUCCAUCUUCUCCCAUUGAUUUUAUGAUAGCAAGUUGGUUGCACUUGAAGCAGCCACAAGGUGGUGCAUUCAACAUAACCAACAUUGCUGGCUACUUGAAACCCUCAAAUGACAUUCCUCAUUUUCAAUUCGAGUUGGUUCAAUGUAGCCCUACCUUUCUCAUCUUCUUUCUUGACUUGCUUCCUCGAACCGAUAUCAUCCUCCGCCCCGACUACCUUACCACCUACUACGAGGACACUGGGCUCGAGAAGCUUCGACAACGACUUGCCGCCUUGCCAGAAGUAAGCCCUUACUUCUCGUCGUCGCUCUACUUUCGUAAAGUCGUUUCGUCUACGGGAAUUCUGGUGGGUGUGAAGUGCCAGGAGAGCGAGUCCAAGCGAGUGGAAGAGAUUAUUCAGGAGGAGAUCGGUCCAAUCUCGAAGGAGGUAAUGAGGAUAUGGAUGGAGUUGUGCUUGAAUAAUGGAGGAAGAGAGCUUGAAGAAGAUGAAAGGAGUUUGAUGGAGAAGAGAGAUCUUAUGAUAAAGAAGAAGGCGAUUGAGAUGGAUUUGAGCAAAACCAUGCCUUUGCAAUUUGGAGAAGAAGUUGCAAAUAGAGUUCUUCAAGUUAUUAGAAGUGCUUUCAAAACUGCUUAAUGUUUGAUUAUCUUCAAGUUAUGUACCUACUUUGUUUUGACACCAUCUUUUCAGCACGAGUAUCUAGUACACACUAUCAGUACAAAACUUCUUAGUUACAAUAGAUUAUAUAUGAUGAGUUCAUAUUGACAUAA